GAACAUAGCUGGAAGCACACCUGUUGGGAAGCUGCAGGUGAGCCAGGAGUUGGGAUAUAGAUUCUUUGCCAGAUCAAAAGGAUUUUUAUCGAGUGGCAGCGGUAUCUUAAGGUAAAUUGCAAGGGUCUUGUCUGAAAAUGGAAAUUCUUGGUAAAUUGCAAGUAUCUGGUCUGAGAAUGGAAAUUGAUAAUAUAAAGUCUUCAGCCGCACUCAUUUAUGCUGAGUUCAUCCAAAAUGCAGACAGACGGACGGCGACCUGGUUCCUUAUGUCGUCUCCUCUCCCCCAAACACUCAUCAUUGCAGCGUACAUUUACUUUGUCACAUCGCUGGGGCCUCGGAUAAUGGAGAACCGCAAAGCCUUCGACCUCAAAGGAGUUCUCAUAAUCUACAACUUCAGUGUGGUGGCUCUCUCGCUAUACAUGUGCUAUGAGUAUGUGAUGUCAGGAUGGGGAACCGGAUACUCUUUUCACUGUGACUUGGUCGACUACUCUGAUUCACCUCAGGCUGCGAGGAUGGCAGCAACAUGCUGGCUUUACUAUUUCUCAAAGUUCAUUGAGAUGUUGGACACGAUCUUCUUUGUGCUGAGGAAGAAGAAUAGCCAGGUGACAUUUCUUCAUGUCUACCACCACUCAAUCAUGCCCUUCACGUGGUGGUUUGGAGUUCGCUUUUCUGCAGGUGGAAUGGGGACAUUUCAUGCCCUGCUUAACUGUGUCGUCCAUGUUAUCAUGUACUCUUACUACGGCCUGACUGCUUUGGGCCCCAAGUACCAGAAGUAUCUGUGGUGGAAGAAAUACCUGACUACCAUUCAGCUGAUCCAGUUUGUUAUGGUGACUAGCCACAUCUCCCAGUAUUUCUUCAUAAAGGACUGCACCUACCAGUUCCCCAUCUUUAUCUACAUCAUCGCCUCUUACGGCCUGAUUUUCCUGUUCCUCUUCCUCAACUUUUGGUACCACGCCUACACCAAGGGAAAGAGGCUGCCUAAAGUACUGCAGAAUCAGACAUGGGCACACCACAGCAACGGAGUUAUGAAUGGAAAUGCCAGUCAUGAAAAAGAAGAGUGAGGGAAGAGGGGUUGACCUCAAUUAUGUAAGCAAACAACUGCAGACUUGAGAUUCAACCCCAAUGGGUUUGAACUAUAUUUUCUGAUUUUUCUACUUGCAACUGCAAAAGACAAUCUUUACAUUUUGACAACUUAUAUUUAGAGUCAAGCUGAAGGGUUUUAUCUGUUGUUAUUUACAAUUGAAAGUAAAGCCCAAGUUCUGCAAUGGAAGUUCUCAAAUAUCCCUCCUUUCUGCUACAGUAUGGUUUUAAAAUAAUUUCAAGCGUCCAAAAUCGACUCCACUAUUCACACUGACUAUAGGGCUUAUCCUAUAGCAACUUUACUUGAUCUUACUUCUCAAAGGAGGUUUGUUUUUGUUUUUAGGAAAUCCAGUUUAGGAUUUUUAAAGUUGAGCACUGAAAAGUUUUUAAUUUCACCUGGCCAAAAAGUCAUGUUGACAGUUUAAAGACUAUAUAUUUUAUAUGGUGUUCAGGCUACACAUGUCCUGUCGUUCAGGUCGUUGUUGACUGGUUGCAUGCAUGCACAACAGGUUGGUUUUUAAAGAAAGAAAAGGAGAGCGUUUUGAUCACAUGCACGCCCACUUCUCUAUGGUUUGAGUCACUGCUGCUGAUGGAACAGACAUUCAGUAACAAAAAAUAUAUUUUAUACAGUAAAAUUAAGUUAUUCUCCUAUGAAGCGAUGAUGUGACAGAGAAGCCGAGAGGAAGGCUGACAAACCACUGGUUCUUGUAGGAUCCAGAGCUUGAGCUAGUUUUACUACUUGUUGCAAAAUAACACUAUUACAGGACUGCAAUAUGCACAAUUACAUGGAUUUACUAUUUAGCCAACUAGUCAGAAAACGUGAGCCUUGCUUGCCUGCUUUAAGUAUUUUGCUUCAUUUGUUGAAGUUCUGUGGCUAAUGAGGUCUUCAGGUGGCUGCAGCCAGGUAGUGCCUGUGGAUUGAGGUCUGGAGUAGUUUUUAUAUCAAGUUGUUAUGAUGAUCUUAAACUUAAAAGUGAAUGUAAUGCUCCUAUGGUGACUGAGGACACAGGAUUGAGCUUGAUGUGGAAAGACUUCCCCUUUUUUUUUUUUAUUCGGGUGCAAGCCCAUGUAACACUAAAGAUUUACAGAUGCACGUUGCAUACAAAUGGGGGGGUGAACUUUUUUUUGUUCAGUUCCUUGGCAGCUCCCUUAUUAUAUCAAUAGUUAAUACUGUAAGAAAUGAUGUGAAAAUGUUUAUAUUGUUAUAGUAUUUUAUAUGUAUUUAUAAGAAAAUAAAUGAAACUUUGAAAAUUG